AUGGAUGCCGAGAUGCCAACUGCGCCCACGCCCGCAAUACGUUCGGCCGUCACUGUUCCGCGCUCGAAGACUACACCAGUCGCAGCGCCGCGAACCACCAUAGCCACCGCAGCUCCCCGAGCAGUUUCAACGGCGCCACAUAACGACACGCGAUCAAUGGCUCCGGAUCCACCACUACUCGAAUGCGCCCUAUGUCGCCGUCGUCAUCGGUUGCCUCGCUGUGGCAUCUUCAAGGGGAUGACCCCUCAGCAACGCCAGCAGGUCGCUCAGGCACAUGGACAUUGUUUAAAUUGUCUGGCGCCCACCCAUCGUACGCCAGAGUGCACAACGAGCUAUCAGUGCCAAAUAUGCAUGCGGCACCUCCAUACCCUACUACACCGCACCGCCGUACCCGACGCCGGGCGUCGUGAUGUGCCUCGCAGCCAAAUACCCGAAAACGGCGCCGAUUUCGCCCACUUCUCUGCAGUCCACCAAACGUGCUUGCUUGUGAAUGCGGAAAUUUCAAACAAAAGUUUAUUAUUUAAGUAUGUGCAACAUCGCUGGGAGGCCGAUUGGAGUACUUCACCAUUACCAAAAAGCCAUGUCGCAGUACUACAGCUAACACAUUAUCUCCAGAUGUUUCUCAAAUAUAAGAUGUUUAAAGUAGACAUAAAAGCUAAACAGGUUGGUCCUUCAUUUGUACACUUGGAUAUAAAAUCGUCGAUUUUGGGACAUAUUGACAUUCUGCAAACUGUAACACCGAUUGAACCACUUGUACAAAAAGUGUCUCAUAGGUUCUACGCACGACGGGGUCUCGGACCUAUGGUAAAGUUAAUGAUUUUCGCUGAAAGUGUUAUGUUUGAAAGAGACAUGUUUAUCUGGAACCACAAAGUAUUUCGGAACACACCAAUAUUAGUUAAAGAAGAUAUUGCCAUAAAAAAAUUUAGAAUGUGGUUCUCUCAAUUUUAUACUGAAAAUAGUAUAUCAUUUAUUGAUGCGCGAAAAAUAUUGGAUUGGUAA